GCUGUGUAGUGUGUCAGCUUUUACUUUGGGUUCAAUUAUGAUUGUUGUUGCAGAAAAACCAACGGCCAGGGGAAAAAAAAACCCGGUGUGCACCUCGGCAGCCUAUUGGAGACCCCCGGCUGCUUGCAAGCUGCGACUCCUUCCUUCUCUGGACCUUCUGCGCUUCUUUUAUGCUCCAGCUGACCUCCUCCUCCUCCUCCUCCUCCUCCCUCUGUGCCGCUGGUUGCCUGGAAGGUGAAGAUGCUCAGCCGUUUGUCGGGGCUGGCCAGCACCGUCCUGCACGAGCUCUCGGGGGACGGAGAAGAUGCCGGGACAGCGCCGUCCCCCGCCGGACCGGAGUUUGAAUCCAGCCAGCAGAACAUGGAGGAGGAGAGCCCAGAAGAUGUGCUGGAACGGCUGGCCCACAUGGAGAAGCUGGUGGCGCAACUGAAGACACUGUUGCGGGAGAAGGACGCUCAGCUCCAUCAGAAGGAUGCCAUGCUUGAGGAGGAGAGGCAGGCGGCCGAGGCAAAACUGCUGAAGCUGAAGCUGCAGGCUAAAGUGAAGGUGGCCCACCUGAACAAGCGCAUCGAGGAGCUGGCGGCCCAGGGAGGGGCAGCACCUGCCGAGGGGCAGCCGGAAGAGCCCCCGCCUCCUGUCCAGGGUGACCACAGCCUAAGCGAGGGGCCGGUGGACGAGACUGGCGCGCUCAGGAGGCAGCUUCAGGAGCAGGAAGAAACGGUGAGGGAGCUCCGAGGGCAGCUGCAGGAAGCGACGGGAAGACUCGGGGAUGCCCAGGCCCAGAUCAGCUGCCUUCAAGGGGACGUGCUGGAGAAAGAGUCACUCCGCGAAGAACAGGCUCUCCAGCUUCAGGCAGAAAUCCACCAGGCAGAGGCCCGCCAAGCCGAAAUGCAGCAGAAUCUGAGGCAGCUGCAGCGAAAAGUGGAGGAACAAGAGGAGGCUUUGCUGGGCCGGACACAGGUGGUCGAACUGCUGCAGCAGGAACUGAAUGUCAUUCAGGGGGAAAAGCAGAAUCUCCUGGAGAAGUUGCAAAAGGCAGAGGCGGCGCUGGAGACCUCCAGAACCACCCUGGCUUCUGCCCAGGAGGAAUCCCGAAACCUGGUCAAGAGCCUGGAGCUGGAGCUGGCCGAGCAGAAGGCGGCUUUCCAGCAGAGCCAGGAGGAGGUUGAAGAGAUGCGCCAAGAGCUGGCCCGGGCAAAGGCGGCCCAGACCGAGUGGGAUCAGGAGAGGCAGGCCGAGGUGGCCAGGCACGCUCUGGAGGUGGCGGAGAAGAACCAGGAGAUGGUUGAGCUUCAAAAGGCAGAGCAGGACCUCCAUGCCAGUUACGAGGCCGUCCAAGCGGAGAACGCCCGGCUGUGGCAGAAGGUGGAUGCGCCAGCGGAGAGCUUGCCUGACGAUGCUUCUGCCACGCCAGGUGAGACCCCCAAAAGGUGCCCGGAGCUCGGCUUGUCUCAGCCAGAACUGGAAACAGCUACAGGGGUCCCGUCUCCUCCCCUGAGCCAGGUAAUUGCUUCCAUCAGUACCUUUGCAGAAGAGGUGGCGAGGCCAGGUUUCCUGGGAAGAGACCGCAGGGAAGGCACAGAGAGAGACCAGCUGCUUUGCACAUGGGGGAGGGGCCAUCAUUUUCUGCCUCAUGCGGGCCCCCUCCUGACCGAUGCCGCCCCCGGAGCCCCCCAGGAAAAGGACGAGACCAACGCGCGGGAGCUGCAGGAACUUCAGACGCAGCUGUCGGAGGCCAAGCAGCAGCAAAGCCUCGCCAGGCAGGGCCUGAGCCAGCUCCAGCAGCUGCUGCAGGAGGAGCGGGAGAGGCGGCUGGCGGCCGAGGAGGCUUCCUCUGCAGCCCAGGAGCAGAUCCGCAGGUGGGAGUCGGAGGAGUAUGCGCAGUCUCUGGAGACCAGCAUUGCCAUGCCGCCCAGCCAUGAGCACGCCCGGCUGCUGGGGUCUGCCGAGAGCGCCUUCAGCAAGGCUCGAGGGCCCCGGGGGCUGCCGCGUGUCCUGCGCUCUCUCUUCUGCCCCCGGAGGCUGUUCUCCCUGCUGGCCACCCUCUACCUCCUCGGGAUCCACCUGCUGAUAUUCCUGCACGCCGUGGGACGCCUGUGAGAAGACCGAGGCACCGGAACUUGGCUGGACCGCGGACCCCGAUGCCUGGCGGCAGGGGUGGAGGGUUGACCCUGCUGGUCUGGACACCAGGGUGGGGGGGGCUUCCCGCGGCCUGGUUGAGGCCGCCAGAGGUCAAGCCCAAUCCUGGUUAGUUAAAGCAGGCGACGGACUUCCUCAGCCCUUGGCGAUGCAGGGUUUGUGCCGCUCCUUCAAGGGAAGCGCCAGGGUUUCGCCGGCCAACUUGGGGUUUCACAUCAUCAGUCCACCGUUGAUUUUGGGGGGUGGGUGGGCAGGAAAGGGCGGAGAGACGACGAUGCCCGCCUCCCUUUGGGUGGCAUUAAUCAUCAUUAGCGAAGGUGGGGGGCUCCUGCAGGAGAAGGCCAGGAUCCUGGUCUUUUGAGACGGGGGGGGGGCCGAGGGAAGACUCACACCUAACUCACGUUAAACAUCCGUUCUCUCUCUUUCUGCACAUUUGGGGGGGGGGUGAUGGACACGUUUUAGCCCCCCCCCCCCCGGGCUGGAAAUACUGCCCCUUAAGGCAGGCUUCCCCAACCUUGGAUCUGGAUUCGGGGACCGGCCUGGGGGGAGAGAGGGGGGAGGGGAGAGGUCCCUGCAAGCGGCACCCGUGUGCUCGCACCUCCCAUUUGUGCAAGUGGCGGGCAGGCAUGCGCACUGUCUUGCUGGCUUCUGACACAAGUGGGGGGGCCUGCAUGCCCGCCACUUCUGCUGCCCGGUUCCGAAGGGGUCAAGGCAUGGUAGUGGGCUGCAGCCCCGGGGGGGGCGGGGAGAAGAUGUUGGGGACCCUUGCCCUAAAGGGAGGAGGUGGGGGUAACCCUGUUCUGUCCUGUUCUGGAGAGUCAAGAAAGGAGGAUCUGUCUGAAGUCCCCGGACACCCCCUGACCGUCCAAUCUCCGCACCUCCCGGUGCUCAGUUAAUGGAAGGUUAAUGGGAGCCACAUCCUUGGCUUGAAGGGGAAAGGGGUCAGGAUUAUGGGCCAGGGGGUUCCCUUUCUGGCCACUUUGAGAAGAAGAAAGACAGGCCUCUCUUGGUCUGGCCUAGGAUCUGCCUCUUGGAC